CAAAAUCAGAGCAUUAACAUGCUAAUUUGUCAUUCCUAGUCAUGCCCUUUAAUUAUAUCGAAUUUCCCGUCAAUGCGUCAACAUAAUGCAAGAUUCUAAAUCUAAUAAACAAAUUAAAACCUCAUUAAACUGUUAUUGGCAGCUGAUUAAGAUCUUGUCAUCAAUUAAUCUCAUGAGUACAUCCCGAUAAUUAGCAACUUUCGAGAAUUCAACAUCAAUUUCUGCUAUAAAUAUGGAAAAAUUCAUCAAAGUCCAUUCAGUAAAGUUUAGAGACCUGAAAAAAUGUUAAAAGUAGUCGGUUCCGUUGUUCUGUUUUGUGCAGUUGUUUGCAAAAUUUCAGCAAUGGUUAAGCCAACCUCAGGUGGACAUAAAUAUGAGUUGGAGAUCCAGAAAGUCUUACCAAUGAAUGAUACUGACUAUGUUGUAUUUAAAGGAUUAAAGGUUAAGCGCUACAACAGAACAUUUUAUGUCGCGGAUGGUGAAUUUGUGAUCAACGGUGAGUUCAAUGAUUCGUGGACUGUUGAAGCUUACUGCUGGCGCAGUAAAUUAGGAAAUAACCAAUGGGAAUUGACAUCCUUCAAGACACCACCACAAAAAGUUUCACAGUUCUUGAAGGAUAUCUACAUUCCUCAUAUCCAACCUGAUGUAUGUCCAUAUUCAAAUCUACCUGCUUUUGAGGAUAAAGAAGCUGAAAACAUUUUUCCCGGCGGUGACUACAAAAUUGAAAACUAUGUUGGAGAUAUCCAAAACUUUCCACCGCAUUUACAGGAUGGCGUUUAUAGGAUUGAAAUUUUUAUAGCAUUGGAUGGACAGGUUCUGUCUGGAUUUAUAAUUUAUUGGAAGGUUUAUCCUGAAGUUGGGUAAAAUUUUAUUGUUUUAUGUGACUUAAGGUAUUAGAUGUAAACUUUUGUGGCUCAUUUAUGGAACAUGAUGUAGUUUAUCUUUAAUAAAGCU